AGGCUCCUUUUUGUCAGUGUUUCCUCCGAGGCGAGAGAGAGGGCAAAGAGCUGGGCUCUCAUUCGCUGCUUCUGGGGCUGGAAAAAAGGGGUGUGUUUUAACUGAUGUUUGCCUGUUGUUCCCUUCCUCAGUCCAUAGGGAGAGAUUGCCCUCUGACCUUAAGAACCCUAAACUAAAGACUGCUUUUUAAAAAUGAAUGUACUACACUGGUCAGUGGAGAAUUGCAUGGCUUUUAGCAAUCCAUUGGCAAAGAUGUUCCAGUUAUCAAAAGGAAGGAAAGAUCUAACAAUAAGCUGGUUGCGGCAGAGACAUCUCGUGUCCAAAAGCAGCACUCCUAUCAAAUAUGCUUCAUUUUCAGAAGUUCAACAAUUACAGGAAAAACAGUUCACUGGACUCACUUUCCCGCUCCAAGAUCUGGAAAAAUAUCUUACCCCUAAUGUGGACACAUCAUGCUUUCAUAUUUUCAGUCCUAAUCAUGAUGACAUCAACAAAGCAGAGAAGUUUUUCAUUCAGUCACGGCAACACAUCAUUGAUUAUUACUCUUCUGCCGUCCGUAUGGAUCACAUUCCACAAUUGUCAUUGCCAGAGGUAUGUUUUUUAGGAAGAAGCAAUGUGGGAAAAUCCUCCUUAAUAAAAGCCUUAUUUUCAUUGGCCCCUGAUGUUGAAGUCAGAGUUUCUAAAAUUCCAGGUCACACAAAAAAAAUGAAUUUCUUCAAAGUGGGAAAGUUCUUUACCUUGGUGGAUAUGCCAGGCUAUGGUUACAGAGCACCCAAAGACUUUGCAGAGAUGGUGGAACCUUACUUAAAUCAGCGUCCAAAUUUGGCACGGACAUUUCUAUUAGUGGAUGCCCAAGUAGGAAUUCAAGAAAUGGACAAUAUUGCUGUAGAAAUGUUGGAAGAAUUUGGGCUUCCUUAUGUUCUUGUAGUAACAAAAAUUGAUAAAGCAUCAAAAGCAGUGAUGGCCAAAAAUGUGCUAAAGAUUCAAGACUUUGUAAGAAAAAAAACACAUGUGUGCUUUCCUCAACUCUUUCCAGUGAGUUCUCUGUAUUAUGCAGGAAUCCAUGUACUGAGAUGCUUUAUAGCACAUGUUACCGGAUAUCUUCCCCUAUCCUCAUAAUGAUACAGAAUCAUCACGGUUCAUCUCUGAAUUGCACCUUCCAAUUCCACUAAUACAAAUUGCACAGUUUCUUGUUCUGUGUACUUUAAAAAAAUGUAAAUAAUUUGGUUACAAUAAAUGCUAUUUAAGUUACUAA